GCCGACAGCCUGAGAUAUAAAUAACGGAUAAACAAAAAAAAAAAAAAAAAAAAAUCUUGAGGGAGAAAGGGUCACUUGCGCGCCGCUGGAUGGGAAUUUAUUAGCGCGCUCUCUGUUGGUAUUCCGCCAUCACUGGACUGUUGCUUGUCUUGCCUUUGGGUGGCGAUUGAAACACAUACUUAGAGUUUCCCUGGAAUCGACAACCUGUGAGCCGUUGAAUUAUUUCCCAGCUGGAGAUAACAGAGGACUGAUGGCCACGUCUGAACCGAGAGCCAGCGGCGGGGAGCAGGACCCCAACUCCGCCAAUUUAAUACCACCGUCCACAACCAACGAAUAUGCGUGGAUGCACGGAUGCACACGGAAACUUGGGAUGAAGAUUUGUGGGUUCCUGCAGAAGAACAACAGCCUAGAUGACAAGGGGAGGCUCGCCGGGCAGAAGAACCUGCUCUCCUGUGACAACAGUGACCGGGACACUCGCUUCCGCCUCACCGAGACCGACUUCUCCAACCUGUUCGCCAGAGACUUGCUGCCAGCCAAAAAUGGAGAGGAACCCACAAUACAGUUUUUGUUGGAGUUGGUGGACAUCCUCACCAACUACGUCAAGAAGACUUUCGACCGCUCCACCAAGGUGCUGGACUUCCACCACCCUCACCAGCUCCUGGAGGGCAUGGAGGGCUUCAACCUGGAGCUGUCCGACCAGCCCGAAUCCCUGGAGCAGAUCCUGGUGGACUGCAGAGACACGCUCAAAUAUGGCGUCCGCACAGGUCACCCUCGAUUCUUCAACCAGCUUUCCAGUGGUCUCGAUAUCAUCGGUCUGGCGGGAGAGUGGCUCACCUCUACUGCUAACACCAACAUGUUCACCUAUGAGAUCGCCCCGGUGUUUGUGUUGAUGGAGCAGCUGACUCUGAAGAAAAUGAUCGAGAUGAUUGGAUGGCCCAGUGGAGAGGGAGAUGGGAUAUUUUCUCCAGGGGGUGCUAUCUCCAACAUGUACAGUGUGAUGAUCGCACGUUACAAGUAUUACCCCGAGGUCAAGACCAAGGGCAUGUCUGCUGCUCCUCGGCUUGUGCUCUUCACAUCUGAACACAGCCAUUACUCCAUAAAGAAGGCUGGAGCUGCUCUUGGUUUCGGCUCUGAGAAUGUGAUCCUGCUGAGCACAGACGAGAGGGGGAGAGUCAUCCCUGCAGAUCUGGAAGCCAAAAUCCUUGAUGCUAAACAGAAGGGUUACGUGCCACUGUUCGUGAAUGCCACCGCUGGUUCCACAGUGUAUGGCGCGUUUGACCCCAUCAACGAGAUCGCUGACGUCUGUGAGAAGUACAACUUGUGGCUCCAUGUUGACGGAGCGUGGGGCGGCGGACUACUGAUGUCCAGGAAGCAUCGCCAUAAGCUUAAUGGAGUAGAGAGGGCCAACUCUGUCACCUGGAACCCUCACAAGAUGAUGGGCGUGCCUCUGCAGUGCUCUGCCAUCCUGGUCAGAGAGAAGGGGAUCCUGGCAGGCUGUAACUCCAUGUGCGCCGGCUACCUGUUCCAGCCCGACAAACAGUACGACGUCACCUACGACACGGGGGACAAGGCCAUCCAGUGCGGCCGACACGUGGACAUCUUUAAGUUCUGGCUCAUGUGGAAGGCCAAGGGCACCAUCGGGUUUGAGCAGCACAUCGACAGGUGUUUGGACCUCUCUCAGUACCUGUACAACAAGAUCAAGAACAGGGAGGGUUAUCAGAUGGUGUUUGAUGCAGAGCCCCAGCACACCAAUGUUUGCUUCUGGUACAUCCCACCCAGCCUGAGAGGCAUGCCUGAGGGUGAGGAGCGGAGAGAAAAACUCCAUAGGGUGGCACCAAAGAUCAAGGCCAUGAUGAUGGAGUCGGGGACCACCAUGGUGGGCUACCAGCCUCAGGGCAACAAAGUCAACUUCUUCCGUAUGGUGGUGUCCAACCUGGCAGCCACACAGUCCGACAUCGACUUCCUCAUCGACGAGAUCGAGCGGCUGGGAGCGGACCUGUAGAGCGGAGACGCUCACCGUGCUGCGGACAGAAUAAUGAGAGCACAAGCUUUAGGUUCUUUCUAUCCAGGCUGUCUCUGUCUGAAGCACCUUGACCGGUUCUCUAGAGACACUUUGAGUAGCAUAGUUCCUCCUCUAGACAAAAAUAUAGAAUGGGAAGGCUCCGGGUACAUGCUAACAUCUAAUGUGUGUGUGUGUGUGUGCCGUGGAUUCUUGUAAUGUGCUUUCUCGUUUGUUGUUGUCUUGUGUGUCUGAAUGGGUGUGUGUGUUUUGACACUGAAAGGGAGAAAAGCACAGAUGAAAAAAUAACAAACUAUCAUAAAUAUAUUCUGCUCUGUCAUACAUUUGCUAGAUUCAUGGGUGCUUUCAGCUGUACAUAUAUGUAAUCUCCAACCUAAAGAUAUGUGAAGGAGGUUGUGUGUGUGUGUGUGUGUGUGUGUGUGUGUGUGUGUGUGUGUGUGUGUGUGUGUGUGUGUGUGUGUGUGUGUGUGUGUGUGUGUGUGUGUGUGUGUGUGUCAAGCUGCAAUAUUAAUAUAUAUUAAUUUAAGAUUUUAAAAGCUACCCUUAAAAGUCUGUGACCACUUUAACUCGUAAAACGCUGGCUCGUUGUCCCUUGUUUCAUGCAAUCAUGUGAUAGGUGUUUAUAUAACAUUGUUAAAAUAUUUGAUUAUAUAAGAACUCAUAUUUAUUGCAUUCCCACUGUUUUUCAGAUUCAGGUAUUUUAUUGUAAAUGUAUCUUUGUGUAUUACACGGUAAUACAUUUGUAAAUGUAAACACGGAAACUUAAGUAAAGUUUAUUUAUAGUGAUAUUGUCAGCCAAAGAAAGCGAAUCGGGAACAGAGCAAUCCAUUGUCCUUCAUUAUAGAACUUCUUAUAUAGAUUAUAGGUGUUUGUAAAAUGUUACCCACAGUAUUAUUGACCCUCCACUGCGAUGCAAUUUCUAUAGUGUGUGUUUUUCUGUGAUUGUGAGUCUUUUUGACCGAAUGUCUUGAGAUGACUGGCCUUCUGAUGAGAUUAAGAAUUAAGUCUAUAUAUAAAUACAUAUAUUUCUCUGACUGUCUUUUAUUUUAGAGAAUAGCACUAGGGUGUGAGAAUGUACUCUCCCCUGGAGACUGGGAAGAAAGAAUUGUUGUCUUAAUCCUAAUGCAUUUACUGUAAUAUAUUAUAUAUUAAUGUAAAACAUAUUCUCAGUGUUAUGGGAACUCGAUGGAAUAUCUGCUAUAAGAAGUUCCUUUUUGUGUCUUUGCACAAUGUUCACCUUUCUUUCUUCCAUUGUAAAUGGAUGUGUGUUAUGGCAGUAUUAUAUAAGGUUUAUGUUAACAAAGUAUUUAUGGUAACUAGGGACCAUAUUAUGUGAAUGGCACAAUUGCAUAAAUCAUAUUUACAGUAAUGUGUUUGUGCUGUAUGUGGCCAAUGACUCCUGUUUGUGACCAAUCUGUUUUUUGAUUAUCCAGCUGUAAGGGAACAGUUCCCAGGAGGCACUUUAACAGAAUCAUACCAUCUUAAAACUAUCUUUAAUAAAGUCUAUUAAAGGAAAA